CUCUUCGUCCUUCCUCCCAGACCUCCUUUCGUUUUUCGUUGUGUGUUUGUGUGUGUGUGUGUGUGUGUGUGUGUGCCAGUCACUCUCUCUCUCUCGCUUCAGUCCCAGGAUCGGAUUUACAUUCUUUCUAUUUUCUUCAUAUAAAGGAACAAAAACUCUUCGACAAGAUGCAGUUCUCGAUUGUAGCCGCUCUCUCCCUCGUCGCGUCCGCCGGCGCUCUCCCUGCGAAAUCGUUCAGUCACAAGGCUAAGGUCCUCGAAGCCGCGGCGUCAAACUACACAUGGACUCUCACGGACUUCAACGCCGCCGGCGGUUCGAACAGCUCGUACAGUUUCGACGUCAGUGCUCCUCCUACGACUGAGAGUGGCCUUGCCAUACCAGCCUUCACCGCAUCCUGCACAGGCAGCGGCAUCGCCACCGGUCCCUGGCCCUGUACCGGCACUGCCAUCACCAACACCAGUGCAGCCCUCGUCAAUGCCUACCUGCAGGCUUCCAACGACACCACAUCUGCCCACCUGGCUGUGAGCUACCAGUACUCCACGAUCGAGGGCCAGUGGGGUGUGGAGUUCAACUGGACUGCAUUUGCGACCGUGCCUUGGGGGUCUGGAAUUUCUUUCACCACGAGCCCGUCCCAGGUUUGGGGCGUCGAGUAAAGAGCUGCGUGUGUAUAUUACCCUACCUUGGAGUAGGAGUUUAUUUCGACAUGAAGAGUAAGCUCAUAGGAGCUGAUCGUGCAGGCUUUCUGGCCGCGACUUGCGGACUCUGAGUCUUCGUUUGGCAGACAGCCGUGUUUGUCUUUCUUUCUACUUUGACCUCUUUGACGCUGGACAGAUUAGACUAUGACAAGGCCCUUGAAUGCCUUGAUGUAUAUUAGUUCAUCAGCUAUUCAGUCUGGCGUCACAAAACUCUUACGAAUCUAAGAUAAUCUUAAGAUCUUAAUUCAG